UCAGACAGUCAGGUGUAUUGAAUGGUGAAAUCAACAAUGAGUCCAAAACCGUCGAGAACUAUAAAACGUCACAGCGAAGACAUGAAGUCUGAAAUUGUGGUGCAAGUGCACAAAUCUUCCAAAAGAGAGGUGUCUUCUGAUAGAGAAACGCUGAAAACUGAGGGUUCCGAAGAGAGUUCAGGCUCUAAUAAGACAUACGUUAAAGAUGAUGGAGGAGGUAUUGAUGCAGUCAGCAGAGAAGUCAGUGUGGAUGGUGAAUCUCAAAUUAACUCGAAGAUCAUCAGUUUGAUUGAAGCUGAAAUGAAGCGCGACGUGAGACAUGCAACAUUCUCGGACUCUCGUCCUCAGAGUUUGAGUUUCUACGAAGAGGAGAAAAUGCCCGAGGAAUUAUCUGGGAAUCUCGAGCUUCUCAGUCCGGAAGAACGGAAACACUACAAACGCCGCAAGGAUUACGGCCAGAUGGACACAGAUGAGAGGAACAUGUACAACAGCAUCCAGGACAUCUACAAUCGCGAAAACGACGAAAUGCACGUAAGCAGUUCUCUGAAGAAAUCGAAAUCGCGCAAGAAGAAGCACGGAGAGUCCGAAUUAGGUGACAGCAGGGAGAUGAUGAUCCCGAAGGAGAAGAGGAAGAGCAAGAAAAAGAAGCACGAGUCUUCGCCCGGAGUUUCAGGAAAGAGGAAGCACAGGAAGCGCGAAGAUGAAUACGAGACCAGAAACGAAGUCACAAUGGCUCUGGAAGACCUUCAAGAUGAUGUUUUCGAAAACGGAAACGACGAAUUCAACAGAAAUGAGAAAGUUCGAAAGAGUCCCAAGAAAAGUGAUAAACUCUACGUGCAGAAGAAAAAUAAGUUUGAGUUGAGCCGAGAAGCGGAAUUGAUGGAAAACCAUCCAAUACGGCAACAGAACAUAGCUAAAUCUUCCGUUCAUCCUUUACAAACGGCAAUUGAAGCACAAAAGAUUUGGAGGAAACUGACUACGUUUUGCCACGGUCUUCUCGGUGGAUUAGGAUUCGCACAUUUAAUUUACAUUAGCACUAAUCGAUUCUCUACCGAUCCAGAAACUUUAAAGAAUUACGCAUCUUACAGCGAAACUUACGUGGUUUUGUUUUACAUCCUCUGCAUUCUGUGUCUUCUUUCAGUGUUUGAUAAGUAUGACAUUGCGAAUUUGGGAAAGGACAACAUCAAAGAUAUGAUCAAAAAUAAGAAAAGUUGUAUCGUCAUUUUUCUUUACAUGGCUACCUUGAUAACACACCUCGUGGCAGCACCCAAAGACGAUAAAAUCGCCAUGGUUGCUGAAGACUUUGCUUACGCUUUAAACAUUACCCACGAAGAUCUUCAAAUUUGGAACUCUCUUUCAUUUUCCAGGGCUUUCUUAGCGUUUGCCUCUUGGUUCUUUGUUUCAUUAACAUCUCCUGAAGACUUCCUGUAUCUUCACUUAAAAAGUUUAGAUACUUACACCGUCGCAGAUCCAGAAACAGCUUGAUUUGGAUCGUAAAUUAUAUUGUUGUUUUUUUAUAUUUUACAUAUUUUUAUUAUUUGUUAAGAAAGCACAUUUAGUGAUAUUAUAUCA